AUGUUCAAGAUCAUCUCGCAGAUUAUUGUAGCCCUCGCUUUGUUCGCCGCCGUCGCGGCUCAAUGGGAGCAUGGAUAUGGCCAUGAUCAUAAGGAUCAUCACGCUUACCCUAAAUACAAAUUUGAGUACGGCGUUAAGGAUCACAAGACCGGUGAUAAUAAACAACAAUGGGAGCAUCGUGAUGGAGAUGUCGUGAAGGGUCAGUACUCGCUGUAUGAGCCGGAUGGUACAAAACGUAUUGUGGAUUACACUUCCGACAAGCACAACGGAUUCCAGGCUCACGUGAAGCGAGUAGGACAUGCUCAUCAUCCAGAACACUAUGGACAUCACGAAGGAGGCGAAUUUGGAGGAAAAUCAUAUUACGGACACGGAUAUGGCCAUGGUUACGCUAGCAGCUAUGUCAAUUCAAAUCUUUACUCACAUCACUGA